AUGGUGGGUAGGAUUGGGGAUACACCCAUCAUUGGUGCAGAAACAUACGCAAACAACGUCUGUGCAAUUUCUGCUACUGGCAAGGGUGAAGCAAUAAUACGAGCUACUGCUGCGAGGGAUGUUGCUGCUCUUAUGGAAUUUAUAGGUCUCUUUCUGAAGGAAGCAGCAACUCAUAUUGUAGAGGAGUGCGUUCCAAGAGGCACUGUUGGGUUGGUUGCUGUGUCUUCCACAGGGGAAAUCACCAUGCCUCUCAAUACCACAUGUAUGUUUCGAGCUUGUGCUACUGAAGAUGGGUAUUCAGAAAUUGGAAUAUGGAAUUCUGAGGAAAAAAAUUAA